AUGGACGAGAAGACCGAAAAGAUUGAUCCCAUUGCUGUGUGCGAGGAGAUUGUGAAAGCCCCUCUAAGUAGAAGUGGGACGUUAAUUUCUGGAUACGAAUACGAAGUCAACACACAUGAACAUGAAGAAGGACCCGAACCCACUGAAGAAGAAUACAAGACCUUACGCGAGGUCUCUGACAAGGUCCCGUACGCUGCUUACUUGGUCAUUUUGAUUGAGUUUUGUGAGCGAUUCACCUAUUACGGCUUGAGUGGUCCAUUUCAAAAUUACAUCCAAUAUCCCGAUCCAGGCGAAUAUCCUGCCAAACAGCCCGGUGCUAUGGGUAAAGGUCAACAAGUCGCUACAGCCUUGACAACUUUCUUUCAAUUUUGGUGUUACAUCACUCCGAUUCUUGGUGCCAUUGUGGCGGAUCAAUAUCUUGGAAAAUACCGAGCUAUCCUCGUUUUCAGCUUUAUUUACUUUGUCGGCUUGAUCAUUCUCACAUGCACAUCCAUACCUGCUGCCAUUGAAUCGGGCGCUACCUUUCCUGGUUACAUUGUCGCCAUUAUUAUCAUUGGUCUUGGUACUGGUGGAAUCAAAUCCAAUGUCUCGCCUUUGGUUGCUGAGCAAUACCGUAGCCGUUCACCUUUUGUUCGCACGCUUAAAGAUGGAACUCGUGUUAUUGUGACGCCUCAAGCCACCUAUCAAAAGAUCUUUGCUCUCUUCUACUGGGGUAUCAACGUCGGCUCCUUAUCAGCCAUUGCUACCACUCAAUUGGAAAAGAACAUCGGCUUUUGGCCCGCUUUUCUGUUGCCAACUUGCAUGUUCAUCCCUGGUAUCUGCGUCAUUAUCCUUGGUCGCAAACGCUAUGUACAAAAUCCACCUCGUGGUUCCGUAUUCGUGGAAGCUGGCAAGCUGUUCUAUAUUGCAAUGACCAAAACACGUAACCUUGAAGCAGCCAAGCCAUCCAACCUCGCUGAGACGCAUCCCGAGAUCGUGGUCACCUAUGAUGAUGUCUUUGUUGAUGAACUCAAGCGUACCUUACGUGCCUGUAUCGUCUUUUGCUGGUUCCCAAUCUACUGGUUGUGCUAUUCUCAAAUGACAAACAACCUUAUCUCUCAAGCAAGCACCAUGCUUACAGGCAACGUGCCAAAUGACAUUAUGCAAAACAUCAAUCCCAUUGCAUUGAUCAUUUUCAUCCCUGUCGUUGAUCGUAUUGUAUACCCAACAUUACGACGAUUUAAUAUUCCUAUGCGACCCAUUGCUCGUAUCACAAUCGGCUUCUUUUUCGCUGCUGUGGCCAUGGGCUAUUCAGCUGGCAUUCAAGCCAAAAUUUACAGCACGCCACCCUACUAUGAUCAUCCUCAAGGCCAAAACUGGAUUUCAGCUGCCUAUCAGAUCCCAUCAUACUUUUUCAUUGCUCUAUCCGAAAUCUUUGCAUCAAUCACGGGCCUCGAGUAUGCUUACAAGAAAGCACCACAAUCCAUGAAAUCCAUUGUCAUGGCUUUGUUCUUGUUGACCAACUGCUUUGCUUCUAUUCUCGCGUUUGCCCUUGUGUCGGUUGCUGUGGAUCCCAAGCUCACUUGGAUGUAUACGGGUAUCUCGUGCGCCGCUGGCGUGUGUACGGUUCUUGUGUAUGUAUUCCACCACAAGCUCGAUGAGAAUGAUGCAAAGGACGAUAGCAUUGGUCGCAACCAACAACAAAUGGAGCAAUACCAGACCAAGGGUCAAGACCAGGCAUAA